AUGUUAAUAACACCUAAAGUACUAACUCAACAUCGGCUUAUGAGAUGGUGUGCAUUAAUAUUAGCACUUGGAACAUUAGUUAUUAUAUGGCGUUAUAUUUCAAUAUUAAUUCUUGCUGUUUGGUUAUCAACUAUAUGUAGACCACUUUUAGAAUGGCUCGUCAAUCAUUUGCCUUUAAUGAAUCGAUGUCGAGAAAAACGUUCUCGAUCAGCAAUAGCUGCAUUUUUACUUGUCUUUCUUGUUCUUGUUGUGAUAUUACCAAUCAUAUUAAUUUGUAUUGCUUUAACGGGUUCAACCCUAAAUUUUGUUGCAAGUCUGUCAAAUUCUACAACAGCUCGAAAUGCUAUAAACCUCCUUGUACCUCCAACAGAUCAUAAUCGAACCGGUUCAUUAUCAAAUUCGACAAGUCAAAGUUUUAUUGAUUUUAUAAAAGGUGAAAAAAAUGCAACAUUUAAUUUAUUUCAACGAUUCUUAAUUCAACGUGAUUCCAUAGCUGAUGUUGUACAAUUAUUUGGUGGAAAAGCUUUAUCAGUUUUAUCAACUGUUGCUGGAGCUACAGCACAAUUUAUAAUUGGUAUAUUAAUAUUUCUAGUAUCAACAUAUACAUUUUUAUUACAUGGACCUGAAAUUUGGGCAUGGACUAUCGAUCAUAGUCCAUUAUCAGCUAAACAUAUGGAACGUCUUAAAAAUGCUUUUCAAGAAACAGGUCGUGGUCUUUUAAUUGGUGUUGGUUUAACUUGUGUCGUUCAAGGUCUUGUUGCUGCUGUUGCUUAUUUAUGUUUACAAAUUCCUCGAUGGUAUGCACUUGGUGUUUUAACAGGUCUUUGUUCAUUAAUUCCAAUUCUUGGUACAGCUAUUGUUUGGGUUCCAAUAACAAUUGGUCUUUUUAUUCAACAAGCUCAUAUGAAAGCAGUUAUUAUGAUUUUGGUUGGUGUUUUCGCUAUUGGAUCAGUUGAUAAUUUACUUCGACCAGUUUUUUCAAAAUUAGGUUCAUUACAAAUGUCAACAUUAUUAUUAUUAUUGACAAUUUUUGGUGGAUUAGAAUUAUUAGGAGCAUGGGGUGCCCUACUAGGUCCAUUAAUUGUUCGUAUGGCUACAGAAGCUCUUAUUCUUAUUAGAGAAGAUGAAGACGAAGAAGAACAUAAUGUAAUACCAUAA